AUGGACAAAUUACAGGAUGGCUGGUUCAGUGAGAUGAGCGAACUAUGGCCGGGCCAGGCGAUGUCACUUCAAGUAGAGGAGGUCCUUUUUCACGAGAAAUCAAAAUAUCAAGAUGUUUUAGUAUUUAAAAGCAAAACAUAUGGAAAUGUUCUUGUCCUAGACGGAGUUAUACAAUGCACAGAAAGAGAUGAAUUUUCAUAUCAAGAGAUGCUGGCUCAUCUACCUCUAAACUCUCAUGCUAACCCAAGGAAGGUGCUAAUCAUUGGUGGAGGAGAUGGUGGAGUAUUACGGGAGGUGGUGAAACACCCAGAGGUUGUAUCCGUCGAGAUGUGUGAAAUUGAUGAGAAAGUUAUAGAUGUUUCCAAAAAGUUUUUACCAAAGAUGGCUUGUGGGUUCGAAAGUCCAAAGUUGAAACUUCAUAUAGGUGAUGGUUUUGAGUAUAUGAAGAAGCACCAGGGCGAGUUUGAUGUGAUCAUCACAGAUUCAUCUGACCCUAUAGGUCCAGCCUCUAGUUUAUUUGAAAAGUCAUAUUAUGAACUGAUGAAAAAAGCAUUAAAACCAAACGGAAUUCUUUGCUGUCAAGGAGAAUGCCUAUGGUUACAUCUAGACCUCAUCAAGUCCAUGCAGGACUUCUGUCGUAGUCUGUACCCGGUGGUGGACUACGCCUACACAACCAUCCCUACUUAUCCUAGUGGUCAGAUUGGCUUCAUUCUCUGUAGUCUUAACCCAGAUACAGCAUUUUCUGAACCACUGAGAAAAUUUUCAGAAGAAGAACAAAUACGCCUGAAGUUCAGAUAUUACAAUGCUGAAGUACACAGAGGAGCAUUUACGUUGCCUGAAUUUGCUCGCAAGGUAUUACGAAAUUGAUGUUAAGUAGGUGAGAGAAUAUCUGACAACUCCAUAAAGCUGGAUUAGGCUGGAUCGGGACUGACCACUUCCUUACAGCUGACCUCUUGUGAGAAUGCACCAAGAUGUUGGAUGCAUUUGGGAUCAACUUCGAAAUGACAUGUUUAUAAAAUUCUGUCGGAUAUCCGAAACAUGACAUUAACGGCUGGGACAAGAAGCUUUAAUAGCAAAUAUCAGUCAUUUUCAUUAUUGCAAUAUGGCUGAUAGUUAGCUGUCUCAAUUUUACUUGGAAUUUCGGCAGGAAUUAUUUGAUCGCAUUCCAUCCAUAAUCAGCUCUUAUUCCCAUUUAUUCUUUCAGGGAUGAUGUAGCAUUAUAAGGUGAAGUUGAGAUCUAAUUCCUCUUUAUGUAAUAGGAGUAAUAACCCUUUGUUCUUAAUAACCCUUUGUCCUUUUUUCAUACAAGUCUUUAACAUGAAUUAAAAACGACUGUCAAUUUCUAGAAGUACCAGUGUUUAAAUUCUGCACUAUAUAUGUAACUCUAGUAAAAAUCUAGCCGCAUUAUUCUUUUCAGCUAGAGGAAGGAGACAUGAUGAGUAAUGUCCCAUAACCAUCACUUCAACCCCUGGAAACUCAGAGAACGAGUUAUUUAUAGAGGUGGAGUAUUUAAACCUUGUAAUAUACUGGCUGCACAGUAUCACAUGGCUAUAGGGAUUACCUCUUCAGUUCAAGACUAUUUGUGUCUCAGCUAAAAAAAAUCAAAGGAUUUCAAUGUGGCAAAUAUUCCCAGGUGAUAUAUCUUUCCAAUUCGUCCCCACAAAGGAUUAAAUCAUCACCAAGAUUUCCUCUAACAUCACAGUGCACAUAAUAUAAUCUUUGAUCAAUAUUAUCCACAAUAUUUCAUUUUCAAAAACCGGAUCAUAUCUAUGGGUUAUGUAGCUUUACUUUUCUAUGGAUGCAGUCAAUGUGUUUUUCUACGCAGAUUUAUGAUAAUUUCAUUUUUUUUGCAAUAUUAUUUACAUAGAAUUCAAACAUUCUCUCUGUCUCAAAAAGAAUCUGGAAAUAGUCAAACUUGUGUUCUCUUUACUUGAAGUUAGAAAUACCAGAUUUUGUAAAACUUUGUGAUGCACUUGUAUCUUCAUUGUGGUAAUGAUUUUUUUUAACUUUCAAAAGUAGGUCACAGUCAAGGUGACAUGGUCAAAACGUUUAGUACCACCAGAAAGGUCUUGUAACAAAGAACACACUUGCCAAUUGUGAAGCUAUUCCUCUUUAUGAUGCAAUAGUUAUGGCCAGUGUUAAAUUUCAAAUGUAGUUCAAAGGUCAUGGUCAAGGUCACAUAUUCACAUGGUCACAUGAUACUACUGGAAAUGACUUGUCACUUUCACAUUAGGUCAAAGAUCACAAUCAAGGUCACAUGGUCGAAAUAUUUGGUACCAUCAGAAAGGCCUUGUCACAAGGAACAAACCUCAUUCUGUGUAAUUGUUAUGGGCGAGGUUCAAGUUGACAAAGGACAAACAGACAGCAGAAAAACUUAUUAAUCUGAAAUAGUGAGACAAGUGUGUACUAGGUGUCCUUUUAAAUCCAGAUCGCAAAAUUUCUUAAUUUGUUGAAACAUAAUUUGAUCAUUUUAAAAGCAAAUAGCGAAAAUUUCCAUCAAAGAAAAUAACCAGCUAUAUGGUGUUAACAGGUUUUAGAGCAACAAUUUCUCUCUUGGAUAUUGGUGAGAUGGUGCACUAAUUUAAAUAUACUUACAGAUCUCUGAAGGUUCUGUGAUGGCCAAGUUUAAAUCUAAACUUUUUCACUUCUGUGUAACUAGUAGAUCUAUUAUAAUCAGAGCAGAUAUAUUGGUGUGAAGUCCAAUUGUUCGCAUAGAACAUUGAUUUCUUAGAUAUAAUUUCGUUGGGUAGUUUCUAAUCACUAGA